CAGCGCGGCCCAGAUGAUUUGCAACUGUCACUGAGGAACGGUGGAGCAGCAGCAACGGCAGCGGUAACGAGUGCCGGUGCACCAGGAGCUGGAUACUUUGCCAACGUCAUGACUGCAGAUUCGGAACCGAAGAAGGCCAAAUUGGAUCCAUCGUUGUAUUCGUCGCAGUUCUACACAACUCCACUCCAUCAUGGAUUGGCGACGUCUGGUGCUCCGGUAGCAGUGGCUCCAGCAGCUACUACGGCUCAGCUUCUCACUGGAAACCCGAUUACUCAGAUUCAGGGAAUCCAGCUCUCGACGCUGCCUCAAUGCAACCAAACGUCUUCCGCCACCACAACUCCAGUGUCCAGGGUUGUCCACGUCCGCAACAUUCCACCUGACCUAGUGGACGUAGAGCUCAUGCAGUUGUGCAUUCAAUACGGGCCAGUUUCAAACUACAUGAUGCUAAAGGGGAAAAGCCAGGCGUUCGUGGAGUACGAGGAGGAGACAAGUGCCGCUGCAUUUGUUACCGGAAUGACUGCAGUUCCAAUUCAGAUUCGGGGUAGGACACUCUUUGCUCAGUACAGUACUCAUCGGGAGCUCAAGUUUGACAAGAGUAACAAGGCCACCAGUGAUACGGAGAGUGUUGCCAAUGGAUCUGUUUCGAACUUCGAGGUCGGCACUCAACAACAACCAAACAGUGUCCUUCGAACCAUCAUCGAAAACAUGAUGUUUCCAGUGAGCCUUGAAGUGCUUCACCAGCUCUUCGCUCGUUACGGAAAGGUGCUCCGAAUUAUCACUUUCAACAAAAAUAACACUUUUCAAGCACUGAUCCAGAUGAGUGAGGCGAACUCGGCACAGCUGGCCAAACAGGGCCUCGAGAACCAAAACGUCUACAACGGAUGCUGCACUUUGCGCAUUGACUACAGUAAGCUGAGCACUCUGAAUGUCAAGUACAACAACGAUAAGUCUCGUGACUACACAAAUCCAAACUUGCCACCAGGAGAGAUGACUCUGGAACAACAAAUCGCAAUCAGUACUAUCCCAGGACUUCAGAAUCUGAUUCCAACCAAUCCGUACAACUUCGCAUUCGGUGCCAAUCCAGCUACAACGUUCCUGACAAAUCAGCUUGCUACUGCAACAGCUGCAGCAUCUGAUUCUGCAAAUGCUGCUGCAUUGGCUCCAUACUUGAAUCCUUUAGGAUUGGGAUCUGCCAACUUGGCAACUUCAAUUCCAGCUAUGCGAUUCCCAAUGCUCAAUCUGACUCCGGUCAUUCUGGUUUCCAAUCUUCACGAAAUGAAAGUCACCACGGAUGCCCUCUUCACCCUUUUUGGGGUCUACGGAGAUGUGAUGAGAGUCAAAAUUCUCUAUAACAAGAAGGACAAUGCGUUGAUUCAGUAUUCGGAACCGCAACAAGCACAGCUAGCUUUGACACACCUGGAUAAGGUGAAGUGGCAUGAUCGUCUGAUCCGUGUGGCUCCAUCGAAGCACACAAAUGUUCAAAUGCCAAAAGAAGGACAGCCGGAUGCAGGUCUCACCCGUGACUACGCCCACUCGACACUUCAUCGUUUCAAGAAGCCAGGAUCCAAAAACUAUCUGAACAUCUAUCCACCAUGUGCCACUCUUCAUCUCUCCAACAUUCCAGCUACAGUAAGCGAAGAUAAGCUGAAAGAAAUGUUCUUGGAGGCUGGGUAUGCUGUCAAGGCUUUCAAAUUCUUCCCAAAAGAUCAUAAAAUGGCUUUGUGCCAAUUGGAAGACAUCGAGACAGCCAUCGAUGCACUCAUCAAAAUGCACAAUCAUAAGCUAGCUGAAAAUGCUCAUCUGCGUGUUUCCUUCUCCAAAUCCGGCAUCUAG